AUGGUUGAGCCCUACACUGUUGUGCUACCUGCUGGUGGCAUUUUGCCAGCAUCGAGCACGGAGGAUACUGGUGACGAGCCGGUUCCAAAAGAGUGUGACCCAGUUGAGCCUCAGGAGGCACCGCAGGCGGAAGAAGACUUGAGAGAUGACGAAGAAGACCCGAGAGAUGACCAGGACUACCACCUGCAUUUAGCAGGGCACUUCAGCACAAUGACGCUGACUUCGCCGACAAUCCAAAGGGUGACAUCCAGCCGUCGCGUUUUAAGCUGCUUUGGGCGAGCACUGCGACAAAGGACCGUCAGAGACAGGUACCAUUGCAGCAGACCCGCCAAGAGGAUAUCGCAGUUUGUUUCACACAGUUGGCAUGGUUCGGCAUGGAAGAAGAUCGCCACAUUCUUCGUGCUGAAGUCCCGCAGCGGUGGCUUCCGGAAGCCUGUUUGCGUUGGUCAUGGUUGUCUUGAGCAUCUUCCAGAUCCUGCCUGGCUAUGA